UUGAGCAUUUUUCGUAAAAUUUAAUUGAAAUAAUGGUUAAUUUUAGGUCUAAUUUUAAAACAAUUGUAACAGAUUAUCGAAUCUACUUCGGCUCUACCCGGACCUCCAAUUCUAGGGUUUUCAGGGAAGGAUUUGGAAGAUGGAUAUCAUAUCACAGUUACAGGAACAAGUAAAUACAAUUGCAGCUCUUGCUUUCAACACCUUUGGUACACUUCAGAGGGACGCCCCUCCUGUGCGUCUAUCACCUAAUUAUCCAGAACCUCCACCUGCUAAUCCCACAGAAGACUCAACUAAUGUUGCAGAACAACCAAAGCAAAUGAGUGCCGCUUUUGUUAAGGCUGCCAAGCAGUUCGAUGUGUUGGUUGCUGCUCUUCCUUUAUCAGAUGGGGGUGAAGAAGCCCAAUUGAAAAGAAUUGCAGAACUCCAGGCUGAGAACGAUGCAGUUGGCCAAGAACUUCAAAAACAACUGGAAGCUGCAGUUUGCUGAUUUUGGUGAUUUAGAGAAGGAGCUAAAGCAGGUCCAGGAGUUGUUUAACCAAGCAACAGAUAACUGCCUGAACUUGAAGAAGCCAGAAUGAAUAAGGUAGUAGAUAUUUCAGUUUGAUAGAUCUAAGGGAAAAGAAUUUGCUUGAGGAGCCCAUUCUUGCUGGAAUAACCCUGGAGGAACAACAAAUUGAUUGUGUCCAUGUCUGUUAUGGGUACAUUUAUAAACUGAUUAUAAUUAGGCAUGCUCUGACAUUAUUAUUUUUUCAAGUUCUUGGCCACUGCUGGAGAAAAGAAUUCAGUAUACCAUUGUAUCUGGUUUAGAGCUGUGUUUAUAGAAUGAAAUGAGGUAGGGAUAAUGUGCCUAAAUUGCAAAAAUCAGCAGUUUUUUUGUCUCCACAUCCUUAAAUAUUAGUGUCUUCUGUGCUGCGAA